AUGGUUGCCUUUCCCGCCAACAUUCGAGAUUUCUUGACGUUCCUUCCUCUCCCACCUCUCCUCGGGCCAGAUCCGUACAUAGGGGCGACAACGGCUGCCUAUACCACCCAUGACAUCUUGACGUCUCCGUCGGAUCGACCACUCCUAAGCCGAUUAGAUGAUACUCUCCUCCCUAGACUGGCAGAGUAUUUGACUUCAACGGUGGCUGACUCCGAUAUUGACGAUGUUUCUUGCGAGUCGAUGCGACAGACCCUUCAUACUAUGCGAUUCUUGGAGCUCGAGGAUGAAAACAGCGUGAGCCUGUAUGGCCAAUAUGCUACCAGAGAGCGAGAACCUGUCGUUGAUGCCAUAUCUAACGCUGUCCAUCUCGAAAGCGCAUUCACUCUGGUCCUCCAACCUGUCAGGAAACUCCUGUUUUCACAAAAGGGCGACUUUACUAUCACACCUGUCCGAGAAAACGAGAAGGCGCCGCUACCAUGGCCAUCAAGGUUAGUCCCCACCGAGUGCUGUCCUCUGUCGCCAUUUUACACAGUCUAGUUUGCGCUGCCAAUGAUUACUUCUCGCGUAUAGUACGGGUUUUUUUUGCCGGGUACAUUGCAAUUGCCGCCCAACUAAGUGAGACUUUCAUCAUCGCUGGGCUCGACAAGCAUUUCAUCGAUCUCUUCUAGUCCGGUCUAAGAGUGCGUUGCGCCCGGGAUAUAUCCACCUUCUAUCUAUAUUCAAACUUUCCACAGCACCCCUUUGCAUCCUGAUCCAAACAAAGUGCUCACACAGUUCGACGCUAAUAUCCAACGAAAGCCUUUCCUGGCCAUACUUGUUGGAAUAAUAUG